GCGUACAACGUGCCGCGGAGGCACCGCUGGAGUUAUUGCCUUCCUUCGGAGGGGAGGAAACCUCACAAUGCCGGCCUCGGGAUCUCGCGUGCGGGUUCGCUCAUCGGGACGACCUAAUUGUCGUCUACCUCUGAAAUCGGAUGGAACCUUGACAGCCAGCGGCGAAUGGUGACAAAAGGAGGAAUUAUGCACGCGGGGAUACAGGUGGCCGAUCGUGUUACCAGGAUCGCGUUUCACGCCUACCGCGAAUGGAAGACGAUAACGGGGUAUAAUCUCUCGCAGAUGAGGCGAGGUAGCGAGGACCGCUGGCUCGAAGAAACUUUCGAUUCAACGUAAUAUGCUCCUGACGGAAAAAUAUCUAAGCAAAUAAAUAUUAAUCGACAAAUUACUUAUAAGAGAAAACUGUAUUUUAUUAAUGCAAUCUGUUUCGCGAUUUACAUAAAAUAAUUUAUAUCAACUAAUAUUGAUUUGAUAUCUUUUUGAGGCUAAACAUAUAUAUCCUUUAAGUUCGUAAUAGUGUACGAAAAUUAUAAAUAUAAUUUGUAAAAUAUAAUUAAAAAUUAACGAUUAUAAACUAAUUAUUACUUUUUGAUCAAUGGUUUGAUUGGUUUGAUUUUAAAAUUUUAAUUAACUUUGGUUGGACAAAUCGGUUAAUACUUAAUACUAGAAUUAAGAAAAUACGAAUAUACGUAUGACAUUUGUUAACGCUAAAAAUCGAUAGAAUUUGUCGUCUACUCGGAAUAUACGAAGUUAUACGAAUUCUCCCUCUUGCAAAUGUAUAUAUAAAUUGCAUAACGAAAAGAUACAUAGUAUGUAUCGUUGUUAGCUUAUAAAAUAAGAAUGGUUGCGUGAAGGAGGGAAGAAGAAGAAGAAGAAGAGAGAUAGAGAGAGACAAACGAAAAAAACAAGGAGAAAAACAGAAGAGACUCUCCCUCUCCCUCUUUUUCUCUCUUUGCGAACGCGACUCACGUAAAAUUACACUUAUCGAUACGUAUGCGUAUGCCUAUCGCGUGAGCGAAAUUAAGCGGAGGCCACGACGCUACACAGUAGGUAGAUAAAGAUAGACAUGGUUCUACGCUAUCUGAAAGGUGCUUAUUUUUUUUUCUUUCAAUAUAUACGAUCGAUCAACGAUCGGUAUCGGAAGACAGAAGUGAUGACGUGUACGUCUCCGCGUAUAUGACACGAGUCUGUGCGUAUAUUUUCGAGGUGGCCUCCCCGCAGAGUAAAUCUAAAUGUUUACGUAUUCGAAAUUGUCGCAUCACAAUAUAUCUAACGUUCACAACCCCGUUCGCCAUCACCCUCGCGUACACGAUCUCACCCCUGCACUUGACCUUCCCCGUCAUCAGUUGCCAUGAGAACGUAAUUCAUACUCAAGAUAGCUUAGACUCGAGUUAUAUUCCACUCUCUCUCUCUCUCUCUCUCUCUCUCUCUCUCUCUCUCUCUCUCUCUCUCUCUCUCUCUCUUUUUGCAUGUAAUUUAUUUCUCAUCACGUGAAUCAUCGCUUUUUUUAGCUAUUUGUCCUUUGGCUUUUCUUCUCCUUCUUUUUUACUUCUUGCAACUUUGUGCGUCGUACCGCACGAACAGGAAUAUACAUUGUAGAAUAGCUCAAGUCUAAUAACUAGGAACUGGCAUAUCAACUUUGUGAAUAAUUAUUAUCCGAUCGAUAGCGAGGAAUAGAACUUUCGUGGCAAAUGGUCUUCAAACAGCUAUUCGAGACAAAAGACAAUCGAUUGCUGUGUAUAGGGACGUGCUUUACGUGCUUGUGAGUUAAAUUUAACCCGAAGUUUAAGUCCUCGAAUAGAAGCGACGAAGAAUUGUCGGUCCCAUUUGAAAAAGGAUCAGGUUGUGCGGUAUCUUCAUGUGGUAACGAAAUAUGUAUGCUGUCCUAUAUGAUAAUAAUGCCCGUAUUCAUAGUCAAACCUUAUAUUUAAGGCCUCCUCGUGCAAGGUCUACAAUGUCAGCAGGAGUAAUGGAGUAGGAGUAAGAGGUAAGAAAUAUGAAAUGAGAUUUGCCCAUUUCGUUUACUCCCGGUUUUUAAUUGGUCAAUUGUUACUCUUACUCCAUUAUUCCCGCUGACAUUGUAGACCUUGCAUUAAGUUUAUCUUUAGAUGCUCUACGGAUAAUUUCAUUGGCUACAAAGUAUCUAAAGAUGAAUUUAAGGAGGCCUUAAGUAUAAGGCCCGACUAUGAAUACGGGUAUAAGUCUGUGAUAAUCAGUAACGUAUAUUUAACGCAUACAUAUUCUUUUUUGCACUUGAAUGGUCGUCUCGAAAGCGACAGCGCGAAUAAAAAGAUACAAUAUUUAGCUUCACAAAACGAUUUAAAAUAAUUUAAAUUUUAAAUAAUUAAAAACUAUACAUAUAUGUAAAAUAUCUAGGUUGCUCUUACUUCUUCAAUAAAUUGUUAUUUUUUUCAAUGGAAUCCUUGUGACAACCAUUAAGACGCAUUUCAUGACAAUUAUCAAUGUGAAAAAGAUUUAUCUAUCGUGUUCUUUUUGAUCCUCACUUUUGUUCACCAUCUAUUCGAUUGUAUCAAAUUAUAUUUUAGCUUAUUUUGCAUAUAAGAUAUCUAUUUGUCCUCGACGAAAUUAUUCAUUAAGAAAAUAAUCGCUGUUAAAAUGGGUCCACUUUCACAGAUCAUGGCUCUCAAUCAAGGGACAGUUGCGAAACGGAGGAUUCUCCGGCGUCGUCGGGCGCAGGUCGUCGCCGCUCUCGGCGUCGUCGUUGAUCCGGGGGAGUCGUAAUGACGACAGCUCCCCACGGUAACGACCUUAGCGUACCACGUGGCACUGCUAUGUUAUACCUCGACGGUGGCGAUCACACUCGCGUGCUGCACACCGGCUCCGGCGCAUCGGUCUGUCGUGUCGCGCGCGAUACAUCGACGUCGCGCCGUCAUUGUGGACAUGAAAUUACAUACUGCAGAUUAUGCGUUUGGGACAGCUCGAAGUACGACGUGACGGAUUAUCGAUAACGCGAAUCUUAUGCAACUCUCGAUCUAAGGGUGGAAAUAUCAUUCCGGCUUCCGAAGCUAAAGUAAAGGAUACAGAGAUGAAUUAAUAAAUUAGUAGAAAUUAAUAAUAUCAAACUCCCUUGUCACUUUGAUUUGUAAAUUGAUAUUAAAACUUAAUUGAGUGACCGGAAAAAGUACUCCAGUGAUUGUGAAAGAUCUAACGCGUCCGAUGGAACCGAUGCAUCAACCUCGAUCGGAGAUGAGAGCUUCUCGACGUGCGACCUGGGUAAAGGCAACAUCCGAAUGAGCCGAUGACGUCUGGAUGGGAUCCACCGUGACUCUCGGAUGCACAGCGAGGAUCUCCCGGCAGGAUACCAUGCGUUUGGAGGAUGACGGUUUGAUUAUCGUCGCCAUCGAGGAAUGACAAGCAAAAUCGCGGACCGUUCUGGACAAGCUCCGCCUGUCGAAACCUCACAUCAUGAUAGCCGACAGUUCUAGCAGAUUGCAACGCGGUGGUGCGGGUAGCAGCCUGGCGACCGCCCUGAGGGAUCGUGGUUCUUGCGUGAUUCCUGUGCAGCCUAAUCGCUCCUUACCGAUCCGACCGGCGCCGCCGACGCCGACGAGGUCAGCGGCGUCGAUAGUAACGUUGCGGAAGACACGCUCGCCGAUCAUCAAGUUAUCGAAAUCCGAGAACUUGGACGUGGUCGAGUUGCAACCGAACGUAUCUCCGAGCAGCUCGUUGAUGAACGAGCUCAACGAAUUCACUUUCGAGCAGCAGGAUAGGAACGAAGACGGAAUGAUGCUCGCGAACGAGUUCAUCGAUCGCUCGGACUACAUUCUUCCAGACAUUUCUAAUGUCGUGGAGAUUACGGAAGAGGUCAACAAUAUUAAGAGGAAAAAUGGCGAAAAUCAGGACAGUGAACAAGAAGUUACCAAGGAUGUGAAAAAACGAAAAAAAUCUCACGAAGUCGAUUCCGAUCACAUACGUGAUGAACGUGUCAAUAAUAUUUUGAAGGAAUACUCCAGAACUUGUUCUAACAAUUUGGUUGACAAAGAAGACAGAAAUCUGCAGCCGCAUGUGGUGGUGAGGCUGUGGGAUGACAAGAGAUACUCGUCACCGGUCGUGGUGUCGACAACGGAGUUGGAAGCAGAAAAGAAGGAGAUCUGUAACAAAGUCGUGCCGCCUUUAAGACUGAAGAAAGUUGUGCGUGAAACGAGCACUACCGAUGAAUAUCAAUGUAACAUCGAGGUGAAUGCAGAGUUGAAAAAUGAGUCCAACUAUCGUAUCGUCACCGGCAGUACGCCACGUCCGGAAUCUUCGUCCGGAUACUCCGAUAUUUCUUUAUGGAGCAGCGUGGCUUCGGAAGAGGAGCUCGAACCAUCGGCGGACAAUGCACGGGAUAAGAGCCAGCGAUCCUCGCCGAAAACCGACGGCUACAAGAUCAAGUACCGUCGCAAUCGGCUGCGUCAGAAACUGCGGCAACUGCGCGGCAAAGCGUUGGAGCUUUCGCGAGAGAUGGCCGCAAGCAAUAACGCCGCAGACACGAGCCCACAGCGUAACACUCGGCUACGGCAGAUGAUGAACUGCUACGAAAAGCAGAUUGAGAACCUUUCGAAAUUACUAUGCAAACUGUCCGCCUCCAUACCGUCGACGACCGACAACGUCGUCGUCGAUCUUGAUUACGAGAACGACAUGGACGAGUGCACGUCAGCGGAAAAAACCACUGUCGACAGCAACGUCACACAGAUAAAUGGAAUAUCCAGAAGUAGCGUUUCUUCAUCCCCUUCCCCGCCGAAACUCUCGCCAAGCUCUCCUAUCGACUACGAGAAAUGUAAAUCGCCUGACACAGCAAGGAAUAGUCCACCGGUGUUGCCCAGAGUUUACAUAGCAAUCCAGCCGACUACCCUCGAAUGUUUGAAGCAAACUGGUUGUCAAACUCUGGUUGUCAAAAGCUGGCACAACGGUGACGAUUCAUCGAAUUUGCCGAUCGAGAAAGAAGUCAAGGUGAACGAUACGGAUCAAACAAUAAUAUGCAAUGACAUAACAACAGCACCAGCUAUAUCCCUGGUUUCAUCAACCGAGUUCGAAGAUCCGAGAGAUAGCACGGCGAAGUGGGAUGGAGAUCAACCAUCGCCGAAGAAUCUGGAAAUCGAGGAGAAAAUUCCAGAGGACACUAAAACGUUUGGCGAUAUUGAGGAACAUCAACAAACGACGACCGAUAGCUUUCUAGAAUCGAAGAUAGACAUCGAGAUGGACGGAACCGAUGUAAAGGACACGAAGGAACCUAUCAUUCAAGAGCAUCUCGACGAGGUGACACAAGCUUCGGAAACCGUCGUCGCGAACAAACAAAUCGCCUGUGAGAAACAGGAGCUGGAUCAGACAUCGAACGAGGCUCUACCGUCUAAUUCGUCGAUCGUGGAGGAAACUAGGAAAAUAACCGAAUAUAGGACUUAUUCGGAUGAAAGGAUCAACAGUAAGAAUAGGGUGGUCACAAGUACAAUUACACAGGCCGCACAGGAAGCGUCGAUAAUUGAGCAACCACAAGUACCUGCCGCCAAUGUGACUAAUAUCUUGCAACUGCAGUCAAAUUAUUACGGCUCACCUGUCGCACGCGAGAACGUCGUCUUCACGGACGUCAUACAAAAUUCAAGGAACGUGCAAAAGGUGACUUCAAGCAUGAAUCAAUCUUCAGCCUUGAGUCCAACAAUACCCUUGGGAUUUACUCAAUCUAGUAGAUCUACCGUCAGCAGUUCAAACCAACAAUGUAUCGUCUUACCUAAUAAUUGCAACCAAGUCACUCAUGAGAAUAUUAAUCAGCGAAACGAUGGAAGCCGCAUUAUGACAGAACAAUUUCCUACGCUAGGCAAUUGGGUGGCGCGAAUGUCAAAACAACAGGCUACCAAAUCGAAAUCUAAGUUGCAAUCUGGAAUAAACUUACCAACCGCGUCAACUGCGGCGGAGGCUGCUCGCGCACAGAUUCCCGAAAUGGAGGCGCAAAAGAUCCGUUCGAACGCAUUGAAUAAUGCGACUCAUAGAAACAACAUGGUAAACGUAGCAGGGACUGCACAAUGGAGUAGAGAAAGGUGGCAGGAGAAAUAUCAUCGUCAACAACAAUUAUAUGCGGCGACAUUGUCGGCCGCGCCUCCAGUAAGACCGGGCAUCUGUCCACCUAUUUCAGUUACCCAAUUCUAUCCAUCUAAUUACGCGAUCGAUCCUUAUGGUGGUGCAGCUUUCGGAUAUCACCCGGCAAUAUGUCCCUACGGUGACUACCCCUAUCAUUCUCGCCUGCACGGACCGCCGAUAAGCGGCUACCAAAUAGGUCCCAUGCAAGAUCCGCGCGCCUCGCCGCUCCGCCAAAUGCAGCAUAUCGACAAGCGUUUUCUGCAGGACACGACGUCUCGGCACUGUGCCGGGGAUCUCCUCAAGUAUCCCGGCACUUUAUCAACGGGUGGCUAUCAACAUGCUGCCGCUGCCGCCGCAGCUGCUGGCUUGAACUACGAUCGUUUGAGGACGGCGACGGCUGCCACGCAAAACGGUACCGCGUCGGGCUGUCUGCCGCCCUUGCUGUUACCGCAACCUCCACCCUCCGCGCAGCAGUCUAUGGCCGCACGCACCCCCAUGGCCGGUUAUCCCGCGAGCAAUGGUCAAUGCGGUGGUAACAGGAUGAUUCCGGACGUCGUUGCCGCGGCGGCAGCCGCUGCGGUGGUCGCGGCGGCUUCCUUUGAUAGACAGCGCGGUACGCUACCACCGUACGGCAGACCCGAUGCGGAAAUAAUAUCUGGAGGGAUCGGCGGUGUCAUAGAUAAUAAAUCCACCUCGCAGCGGAUAAUUGCAAACAGACCAAAUCGCGAACGCUUGUCGCAGGAGCAAGUGCAACCUAUCAGUAGCGUCAACGUGGACUCACGGCUGCAUAACGGUGGCAGUUACCGCCAACUACAAAAUUUAAUCCUGGACAGAUUGCCUUACGACCUAAAGGCGGACGAUACUUAUUCUCAGCCGUCGACGGCGACCUUCGAUGACAACGCGCAAGAGCAGACGAUAGCACCCUCGGUGCCUACGUCGACGUACAAAUCCACUACGAUGUUGGCGCCCAACAGCGCGUUGGCUAUCAAGGAACCCACGCAGAAAGAGGGUAGCCGUAACUGUGACACACCACAUCUGGGCAAGGUGAAUCGCACUCUGGAAACUACGAGCAAUCUGACGUGCUCCAACUGCGGCCUAACCGGAUCCAUGUUCAAGUGUCUAGGCUGUGAGACAGCCUUUUACUGCGACGAGAGGUGCCAAACUCGUCACUGGAGUAUCCAUGUCGAGAAAUGUCCCAAGAGAAUGCCUAAACUAAAGAAACUCGUCUGAGAAUUAUCAUAGAAAUUACUGCGAGUCCGUAAAUAAGAUAAUGUCUGUGAAGUUUGAUGUGCUCAUUUGCGUUAACAACUAAAAAACAAUAACCGAGAAAAAUGAACAACAUGUGUUAUUGUUUUCAUGUUCAUACAUUUACACUGAUAAUUACGUCUCUCUAGUCAAUGUAUCAUAAAUUAUAAUGAAUGCGAGUUCUAUGUCAUGCAGUCGUAUCGGUUUUACACUACGAAUGUGAUAAAGUGUGCCUGGUCGUAAGAUAAACGCUUACUGUAAUUUUAUGGUACUUGGUUUCACAGUCUAACGUUCUGCCUUGUAAAUUAUAAAUCGCAAGAUAUAAAGAGUUCAGCGCACCUCACAUUAUAUCUCACUAUUGUGCGGUAAACGGCGUAUGUAUUGUGCAAUAGCGAUAAUAUACGGAAAAUAUAAAAUCGUAUGUUACAUGUUGUAAUGUAACGGAUGUUACGAACGUGCUACCUCUCAUGUACCUUACAACUGCAAGUCAUUGUAGUAUUAAAAAAAUGAUUGCAUUUGACUGCAAUCUUGUUUUAUUAUGACUUGAUUAUUCAUGCAAUUGGAUUAUAACAUCAAGAAACUAUGUAAACUUUUUAUAAAUUACAUUAAAAAAUUACAAUUUCUGAGUGAGAUCACAUAUUUCAACGCGGUUGCAAUGAAGAAUCUUACUGCAAAGUCAGUAAUUUAAGAAAUCAAUUAUUAAUGGAAAACUGUGACUAAAAAUAGCUAGUAAAAUAUGCGUUUUUAUGAAUAUAUACUUAAGAGUCGCGUAUCUGUAAGAAAUAACGUUUAUUAUUUAUUUGUUCCAAUGCUUCUAAUUGUUACAUAACCGUAAUCAACUUUUAUACUUUUAUAACAAUUGUAAAGAAAUUGCAGCACCGCAGUUUUACUAAAAUGGAUAAAUGUCAAAUAAAUGGUUGGAAAA